AUGUUCACCAAAGUAGUCGCAUUCUUCGGUUUGGUGGCUGUGGCUGCGGCCGCGGACCUCAGCGUGGGCAAAGAGGGCGGACAAUUAAUAUUCGACAAGAAUGUCACCGCCAGCCCUGCCAUCUGGAAACAAGUGCAGAACCUCACCGUGAACGCGACCGACGACGCCCUCAUCACACGAGUGGUUGUCAUUGACAACAGGCCGGAGAAGGACGGAGAAGCCAAAGUAGUCGAUGGAGGUGUAGGACACAACAACAUCACCAUCGAGCUGAAGAGCCCCACUGUGUUCAGAGGAUUCGACUUCACAGUGAAAGUGUUCACGAACGAAGGAGCCGUGCAGGUCCCGCAACAUCCAGUUUCUGUUGGAGCUAAUACCCAAGUGCCUGUUACAAAGGAUGUGCAAAAACCUCAGGAACCUAAAAACGAUGGUGACCUCAUGAUUGGAGGCCCAGCGUCGACACCCAGUACUACCGAAGCACAUAAGGACGGCCAAGUCGAAGUGACCCCAGCUGUAGUGGGCCAGGAACAGGCAAGACCGAGCCGUGACACUCAGGAUCAGAAGCCAAAGGAGGUCAAGGGCCAGACCACCAUCUCUACACCCACUGAGCCGGCAGUUGUAGCAACUAAAGACGUGCAAGACAAGGAACACCACGACCAAGCAGUGUUGAAGAAUAUGGACCCUAG